GUCUUCUUAACGAUUUCCAGCGUUACGGUUCAAAAAUUUUGAAAGCCUUGCGCUCUGAAACAUUUAUUUGUGAUCACGAUUACGCGUUCAUUGCUUCUAAGUAUUUUAAAGCUGCUUCAUCGCACCUCUGAGUCGCUGCUGGCCUGUUCGUUGUUUAUAUCAAAACAAAUAAAGCGCCAAUUCAUCACUCGACAUACAUAAAGCAACAGCACAAAACAAAAAGUGAAAUUUCGGAAUUUAAACGUCUAACACUCACCCAAGCGCAUUACCAACCAGCUGUCAACUGUCAGCUAUAACCAACUACUAAGUACUAGUCAAGCUCCCAUUUCAACUCGCAUAUCCUUACAAACAAUCAUUUUUACAAAUGUGGCCCGAAAAUGUUGGCAUACGCGCCAUUGAGGCGAUCUUCCCAUCCCAGUUUGUGGACCAAACGGAAUUGGAACAAUUUGAUGGCGCCUCAGAGGGUAAAUACACCAUCGGUUUGGGUCAAGGGAAAAUGGGUUUCUGCUCGGAUCGUGAAGACGUGAACUCACUGUGCCUCACUGUGGUCAGCCGCCUGCUGGAACGCUAUCAAAUCAAGCCACAAGAAAUCGGACGUCUGGAGGUCGGCACCGAAACCAUCAUUGACAAAUCGAAAUCAGUGAAAUCGGUGCUAAUGCAACUAUUUGCCGAUUCGGGCAACACAGAUAUCGAGGGCAUCGAUACAACGAACGCAUGCUACGGCGGCACAGCGGCACUCUUCAACUCAAUCAACUGGAUAGAGUCGUCCAGCUGGGAUGGCCGUUACGCAUUGGCCGUUUGUGCUGAUAUUGCCGUGUACGCGAAGGGCGCAGCACGUCCCACAGGUGGCGCUGGCGCCAUCGCAAUGUUGGUGGGGCCGAAUGCGCCGCUCGUCUUCGAUCGUGGUCUUCGCGCCACGCACAUGGAACAUGCCUACGACUUCUAUAAGCCCGACUUGAGCUCGGAGUAUCCCACAGUGGAUGGCAAAUUAUCGAUACAGUGUUAUCUCUCCGCGCUGGACACAUGCUAUCAGUUGUACUGUAAGAAGUUUGCGAAAAAGUAUCCACAAGAGGCUGAAUUCACUUUGGAUAACUUCGAAGCGUUGCUCUUCCACACGCCCUUCUGCAAGUUGGUGCAAAAGUCAGUGGCGCGCGUCGUCUUCAAUGAUUUCCUACAAUGCAGCAUUGAGAAGCGUGCGCUGAAAUACCCCGGCUUGGAGCGCUUCAACGAAUCCACGCUGGCACAAACCUACUUCGAUCGCGAUGUGGAAAAGGCCUUCAUGACACAAUUCGCUGACGUCUUCGAAGCGAAAACACGCCAAUCAUUGCUGCUGGCCAAUCAGGUGGGCAACAUGUACACACCGUCCGUGUACUCUGGUCUCGUCUCAUUGCUCAUCAAUACGCCAGCCGAGCGAUUGGUUGGCAAACGCAUUGGCCUCUUCUCGUAUGGCUCCGGUUUGGCGGCCACAAUGUACUCAAUGCAAGUGACCAAGGAUGCUGCAGCUUUCAAGCAGCUCGUAUCUAAAUUGGAUUAUGUUUUACCUAUGCUGAAUUCACGCGAGAAAGUUGCACCCGAACUGUUCUCCCAACUGAUGGAGGUGCGCGAGAAGAACAAUCAUGCGGCGCCAUACACGCCGACCGGCAGCGUGAGCGCGCUCUUUCCCGGCACCUACUACCUACAGUCCGUGGACGACAUGCAUCGACGUACGUACGAACGCAAGCCGACCAUUGCGAAUGGCGUGCAUUAAUAGUUGUUGUUCGAGGAUGUGGUCGUCGGCGUGUCGGCGCACCGACAGUGGUGGCGGUGUAGUCUACGUAAACGGCGUCUCGACGGUUAGAGCAGCGGCUGCAUGCAAAGGUCUGGCCAUUGCAUCAUGGUUGAGGGAAUUUAGGGCGCCAUACGCAGUGCUUUAACUUAGUUUUAGUUAAGAAAAUAAUUACACAAACACACAGGCAACAUGUGGUGCGCAAUUGCAGUUAAAAUCGGAUUUGCUUUUAUUUAAUUAAACUACAAACAACACUUGACAAUAAUAAUUCAUUUAAAAUAAUGUUGCAUAUACUAUUCUAGGUAGCUAAAAUUCAAAUUAGUACAUACAUACAUAUAUAUGUUUGUAAGCAGGUAUAUAAGCAAUUAAUGAUUGCACUAACUAAAUAAACCGUUAAGUAUAAUGGCUUACUACAAGUGAAUUUUCCACACAAAGAAAUAAAAAUAAAACCCAUAAAGGCCGAGUUAUGGUUCGGCGCACCCGUAAACACGUGAAGGCAAUUCGAGCGCGCGGCUGGGCAGCAGCGACUUAUGCGCUUGUGCGUGCGCAACUCUACCUUGUACCUUAUUACUUGAUUGCAAAUGUAAUUUGCUUUGUUAUUUACUGUUAUAUGCACACCAAAACGCAACUUAAAUAGAAAACAUAUGGAAAAUUCAGCAAAAUUUACGCUAUUAUGUAGUUAGUUCUUAGUUCAGCGCACUCUUAAAGAAAAUAAAUUAUUUUAAAAUUUAUGAGAAACAAAAAUCUAAAAAUAUAUGGAUAUUUAUAUCUACAUAUAUGUAUGUAACUACUUUUCACAUUUGCUUACGCUUAAGAACGCGCGAAAACGUCUUAUGUCAAGCGACCAAGUAGCUUUACAUGUUCAUAUGUAUAUGUAUAAAUGGAAAAGUGAAUAUAUAAAAUUAUAUAGCUUUAGGUUAAGACAAAAUAAAGGCAAACCUCACCCAAAAAACAAAAAAAACCGUAUCCCUCAACUUAUUGCUGUCGGUUGCGGUAGUUCGUAGAAUCAUAUUUACUUAUGUACAUGUGUGUGUGUGAAACUCCCAAAAAAUAUUUUUGCUACCCGUAGAUAUUUAAUUUACGUGACAUUCGCAAGUGCAGCGGAUUCUAGGGCAAUAAUCAGCCUAAUGCCCAGUGGGACAUAAAUCAACUUUGGAAAUUUUAUACCAGUUUUUAUAUAAAUAUAUAAAUUAUACGAUAAGAUUAAUACAAAAUCGUCUAUGACGCGACGGCUAAUCUAUCUAAAUAAACUUUAAAGAUAUUAAAACAACAACAACGCUCUCAACUAAUAUGUAUAAAGAAAGAUUGAUUGUAUUUAACAAUUUAACUACUGAUAACGGUAAACCAUGCAAAUCAUAAAAAAAAGAAAAAAAUACUAAAACCAAAAUUUACAGCUAGUAACAAAUUAUUAUGUAAACAUUAAAUGAAAUCAAAAGAAAUUUUGUAUCGUUGCAACUGCAUAUAUAUCUACAUAAAUACAUAUAUAUUUAGGCAUAUGUAAUAAUUUAUAAAUGAAAGGAUAACUAAAGUAAAACAGAAAAUAGCAACUUGGACAUGCAUAUAAGAGGCAUACGUUCUGUAACACACACUAUUCGUUAUAUGUAUGUAUGUGUUAUGGCUAAAAUAACGGCAUUAAUAGCUAAGUCAUUGAGCGUUAAAGAUAAUGGCAGGCGAAGGCAAUGUUCGAAAUAAUAAAUGUUAAAAUAUAAAUUCGAAAUAAAA